AUGGGUAAUGUCAGCUCCAGGCCCGACGAGGCCGCGGCCUUGUAUCUCAGAGACCAAGACAGAUUGUCGAUAUCCUCACUCGUCAUCACAAACCCGCGGAAGCGCAGCUCUGUGAACAUUGUUCCCAAUGCAUUUCCAGCCAGCAGAUUGUCCGUGUCUCGGCCGGCCGGCGACGCAUCGCCCAUAGAAUACGUCCAGGACCCUGAUCCGGCCAACGGCGCCAACGGCGCGCCCGCGUUCCUCCUUAAACUCAACAACGACGACGAGCUGAUAUUCACCUUCACCUUCGUGAUGCGCCAGUCGCAGCCGCAGGCCACAGGCCAAUCUGCCGGCUCGGCUGACGACCAGCCCACGUCGGCAGACAAUAAGAUCUCCGGACUUACCUACGUUUGUGCAUCCACUCCACGGGAAGUCGAGAACCUCGUCACUCGGGAGUUCCACGCCGACCCCAACCUGCACAAGAAUGCCAAUGUCGACCUGGUUGGAGAUUACAGCACUGGCGGUAGCUCCUCGGUCUCCUUUGAAUGGACUUGGAAGUGGAAGCCACCUAGGGCGCUGGAAGAAAGGGGUGGUGGUUGGCGGAACUCGUGCAGCUUUGUCGAGUACGAUUCGCGUGGCCACCGUCUCCUCACUCUAGCAAGUUUCUCGUACUGGGUAGCGAGCUCUGGAUUUCCGCUCAGUCACCCCAGCUCUCCAUCCCCGCCGUUCCUGUUGGCUUCGCCUCCGAAGAUCCGCGUUGCAUCGACGCAGUCAGUGGACUCGAGACUCACCGGGCUCGUCGACAUCGAAGAACCAGUCUCACCGUUACUCCCACCGAAUGAUGCGAGCUCCUUGACGCCGAACGCACAAGCCAAGGAGCCGGUCAAGGUGGACUUGGCUUGUCCACGGCCCGGCGACGAUGUGACCGUAACCGAUGAUGGGCCUGUCUUCCGCGCGACAUUGAAGGCCCUAGAGCAGAAGACGGGUAACUUGCGAACACAGAUGAAGAAGGUUCUGAAACGAGCGGAGCAAGCACACAUAUCACAGACAGAGUCCAACGACGCCUUUGUCGCUUUCAUGGAAGCCUUGCGAGAGGCGUCUUCGACAAAUGCAAACGCCAUUCAACCCGCGCUGGAGCACUAUUUUGACAAGAUCGCGCGCGAAGUUGUCUCUUAUGAACGACAGAACACCGCCAACCUACAAAAGAUCAUUAUCGAGCCCUUAAACAAGCUGUAUCAACUCGACAUCAAGCAGGCCGAAUCCAAGAAGCGAGAUUUUGAGGAGGAAAGCAAAGACUACUAUGCAUACGUUUCUCGAUAUCUGGGCCAGCGCCAGGACUCGGUCAAGGCCAAGAAGCUUGCAGAAAGCGAUUCCAAAUACCAGAACAAGCGACGGAACUUCGAGUUGAAGCGCUUCGACUACUCAAGUUUCAUGCAGGAUCUUCACGGUGGACGAAAAGAGCAGGAGGUUUUGUCGCAUCUCACCAAAUACGCUGAUGCGCAGACCAAGGGCUUUCUCGCCACCGCAAAAAAGAUCGAGAAUUUCCUUCCACAACUUGAUGCCUUGUCGACUGAGGUUCAAGAGACCGACAAGGAGUAUCAAUACCGGCGACGGGAACGCGAGGAGAAAAGACGCGUACUGGAAAAGAGCAACACGCCGUACCUGGAGCCCGAGCAAGCGAGCCUGACGAGCUCGGUGCCCGUUUCGUCCCACUCGAAUGGGAACGCGGGCAGUACAUCGGAUUCUGAGCUUGGUCGGGCAGACAGCACUGGAUCGCAGAUCAAGAAUGCCAUCGCGGUCGGCAACCAGCCAAGCAUCGGACAUGGAGUAGAGCUGUCGAGGUCGCCCGGCAGCCUGGGCCACUCCGCGUUGGGGAGCCCGGCGCAAGGUACAAAGUUCAAGGGGUUCCGCGACCUCGAGGAACGCGAUCCAGCGCAAGCUGCGGUGAGUCAAAGGAAGGAGGGCUUGCUCUGGGCACUGAACAGACCUGGAGGCCAUGUGGACCCCAGGAACCUGAACAAGCAGGGGUGGCACAAGUUCUGGAUCGUCUUGGACCAAGGUAAACUUUCGGAAUACAGCAACUGGAAACAGAAACUAGACCUGCACAUGGAUCCCAUCGACUUGCGCAUGGCAUCCGUGCGGGAAGCGAGAAACGCUGAACGACGCUUCUGCUUCGAAGUCAUUACGCCGAAUUACAAGCGCGUGUAUCAAGCCACAUCAGAAGAGGACAUGAAUAGUUGGAUCGUGUCCAUAAAUAAUGCGCUUCAGAGCGCCAUGGAGGGUCGAGCUCUCCAAGACAAGGGCACCCCAGGCAAAAGCCACGGAGACAGUUCGAUCAAGCGGGACAUUGGCUCUGUCCUGACGGGCAAGACUCAGUCGCUCGGCCACGGCGCACACCCUCCACACCACCACACGAGCCCCGGCAGCGGCGUACCUUUCCGGAGAAUCACUGUCGGCGCGCGACCUAGCGUGGUGCGAACGACCAGCUCGGGUUACGACGAAAACCCAGACAAACUGUUGCAAAUGGUUCGCGACGCCGAUCAGGGAAACAACUGGUGCGCCGACUGCGGGUCGGGGUCGAAGGUGGAGUGGGUUUCCAUCAACCUGGGCAUUAUACUGUGCAUUGAGUGCAGUGGCAUCCAUCGAUCGCUGGGGACGCAUAUCAGCAAGGUGCGAUCGCUCACGCUCGACAUCAAAUCCUUCACGAUCGAUAUUGUCGAGGUGCUCCUCCUCAUCGGUAAUAGGGUAUCGAACAUGGUCUGGGAGGCAAAAUUGGACCCGGCUGGGAAACCCAACUCACAAGCAACUCGCGAGCAGCGCCUCCGUUUCAUCACAGCGAAGUAUGUUGACCGAGCCUUUGUCGAACCCAUCUCGCCCACGCUGUCAAGAUAUGCCACCCCCGACGAGACGCUGCUGGCCGCAAUCAAGAAGAACGAGAUCCAACAGGUGCUAUACGCCCUGGCACUAAAGGCAAAUCCGAACGUGGUCGACAAGAUGAGAGGGACGCACGCUGUAUGGCUCGCUCUGGCAGCUGCCGACCCAGCUUCGCCCUCACCAACACCGAGCACAAGCUCAUCGGAGCAGGAAGGGAAAGCUGUCCCGUUCCCAGUCGCAGAGCUCCUCACGCAGAACGGGGCAGAAAUUCCGUCGUCUUUGCCGGCAUUCCCGCUCGGCCGGUUUGCUCAGCAAUACUAUGAGCAAAAGCUCGGAAAGCCGACUGCCUCCAUGGGCGAUGGCCUCUCAUCACUACCAUCCAGCUACGGAGGCUCGCUUCCCGAGGACGGAACCGAGUCCAAGAAACCGCGCCGCUCCGACCGUUUGUCCCAGGCCGCCCAGGACAAGACACCCGUCGUGAAUAAGCAGCACCUCCCCACGCCCGUGACGCACGUCGCAAACGACCCAUCCGAUGAGUUAGACAAGGAGCCGACAGCGACGCCGCCGGGUGUCAGGACGGAAAAUGUGACGCCGCGGAAAACAGACGAGGCAUGGGGUCAGAGUCAGGCCCUCUCCUCGCCGCCUCAGGACACUCAACCUCUCAGCCAAUACGUCGAUCGUCAUCCAGCCCUCUCCGACGAAGUUGAGGAUGAGGCCAAGGAGGGUGUUUGGGGAUAUCUCGUUCCCCUCGACCCCAAGUAUGGCGACAAGCCGCUGGUUUUGAAGAAGCGGAGCGCUUGCCCGCUGCCAGACUCCAUUGCAGCGGCUGCCAAUGGCGAAGGAUCGGCCAAGGACGACAGGCCAGCGGCGAUCAAAGAAGAGGAGGCCUACGAGCGAACAAAAGUAAAAGGAGUCGCGUCCGGAGGAUACUUGAUAGGCCGGCAUCCAGAGUGUGACAUUGUUGUCAGCGAAGGCGUCGUUUCCAAUCGACAUUGCUUGCUAUUCACUGAAAACAAAGGCACGGACACUGUGGCAAUCGUUGAGGAUCUGUCCAGCAACGGCACAUAUGUCAACGAAGCCAUCGUCGGACGGAAUCAGCGUCGCGAGUUGGAGGAUCAGGACGAGAUCGCGGUUCACGGCAAGGCCAGAUUUGUCUUUCGGUACCCCCAAAGCCGACAGACAAGUGCUUUCCUGCAACAGUACACAUUGCUGGAGAAGUUGGGGAAAGGCCAUUUCGCCGAAGUUUAUCUCUGUGUGGAGAAGUCGAGCGGACAGAGGUAUGCGGUCAAGAUCUUUACGAAGCAUCCUGGUAUGGAGGACAGAUCAAAGACCGAGGGGUUGCAACAGGAGAUUGGCGUUUUGAUGGGCGUCAGCCACCCGAAUGUGCUGUGCCUCAAGGACACAUUCAAUGAGCGCGACCGGGUGUAUCUGGUGCUAGAGCUUGCACCAGAAGGCGAGCUGUUCAACUUUAUUGUCAUGAAGCAGAAGCUCAGCGAGGAUGAGUCGCGCAAGCUGUUCAAGCAGCUAUUUCAAGGCAUCAAAUACCUGCAUGAACGAAACAUUGUCCAUCGAGACAUCAAACCAGAGAAUAUCCUCAUGGUCGACAAGAAUCUGCACGUUAAGCUGGCCGACUUCGGCUUGGCCAAGAUCAUUGGCGAGGAAUCUUUUACAACAACUCUAUGCGGCACACCGAGCUACGUGGCUCCCGAGAUCCUCGCAGACUCGAAGCAACGGAAGUACACGAAAGCGGUUGAUGUGUGGUCGUUGGGCGUUGUGCUCUACAUCUGUCUUUGUGGCUUCCCUCCAUUCUCGGACGAGCUCUACUCGAGAGACUUCCCCUUUACUCUCUCACAACAAAUCAAGAGCGGUCGCUUCGACUACCCAUCUCCAUACUGGGAUUCCGUUGGAGAUCCAGCACUUGAUCUUAUCGACUCGAUGCUCGUUGUGGACCCCGAAAAGAGGUACACUAUCGACCAGUGCCUAGCACAUCCAUGGCUCACGCAAAGCGCACCAGGGGUUAAUGACAGCACUGGUGGUCUGGUCGGUGGCAUUGCUGGUCUCGAAGUCAAUCGCCGGGCACCCGUGCGGGAGCGCACGCUGCUUGCCUCACUCAAUACUGUGCAGGUCACGGCACAGGUUGCAGUAGGGGACGACCGCUCGCCCGUGAAGGUGUUCUCGAAGAACAAGCACCGAAUUACCAACGCCGCCAAAGAGACGGCCCCCGAUAGCCAGAGAGCUGCCGGUGAGUUCAUGGAGAUGGGUGGAAAGGGCGACCAACAACUCUACCCAGAUGAGAGCGCGAGCAUUUAUCCCGUUGGGGACGGCGCCGCCUCAAAAAGCAAGAAGAAGGGCAAGAACGCUGGUCGAUAG